AUCAUGCGAAAGGGGAGCUGCUGGAAUUCAAAUAGACUUUCUGGUUCCCAGCAGUCGGCAGUAAUAGAAUGCUUUCAGGAAGAUGACAGAUGCAGGGGAAAGAUGCUGUUUUGCACUAUCUUGAUUUGUUACGGCAGCCAACUUAUUGGCAUGAUGGAGUGACAAGAAAAGCAGCUGGCAUGGAAGAUGAAAGGGAAGAUGUUCAAAAGAAAACAUUCACAAAAUGGAUAAAUGCACAGUUUGCUAAGUUUGGAAGACGUUACGUUGAAGAUCUUUUUAAUGAUUUUCGAGAUGGACGAAGACUUCUGGAGCUUCUGGAAUGCCUUACAGGCCAAAAACUUGCAAAAGAAAAAGGCUCUACAAGAGUUCAUGCUCUGAACAAUGUCAACAAAGCACUGAAGGUCUUGCAGAGAAAUAAUAUUGAUUUGGUAAAUAUUGGGAGCUCGGACAUUGUGGAUGGAAAUCAUAAACUAACCCUUGGUUUGAUUUGGAAUAUAAUCCUCCACUGGCAGGUCAAAGAUGUGAUGAAAAACAUCAUGGCUGGACUGCAGCAAACAAACAGUGAAAAGAUUCUCUUGAGCUGGGUCCGCCAAUCAACUCGUAAUUACCCACAGGUCAAUGUUAUCAAUUUCACCAGUAGCUGGUCUGAUGGAUUGGCUUUCAAUGCACUCCUCCACAGUCACAGACCGGAUCUGUUUGAUUGGAAUGCUGUUGUUUCUCAGCACUCACCUGUACAACGAUUAGACCAUGCAUUCAACGUAGCCAAGCAACACCUGGGCAUAGAGAAACUCCUGGAUCCCGAAGAUGUUGCCACUGCCUGUCCAGAUAAGAAGUCCAUCUUAAUGUACGUGACCUCUCUCUUCCAAGUUCUGCCCCAGCAAGUCACUAUGGAAGCCAUCAGGGAGGUGGAGAUGUUGCCACGACACUCAAGGGUCACUAAAGAAGAGCAUAUACGAGUACAUCAUCAGGAGCGUUUUUCACAGGAAUUUUUAGAAACUGUUGAAGAAAAGACGUUUAGCACCAUCCGCAUGAGGUCUGAAAUGGAUCUUGGAAACUACCAAACUGCUUUGGAAGAAGUACUCACAUGGCUUCUCUCUGCUGAAGAUGCAUUACAAGCACAAGGAGAUAUAUCCAGUGAUGUAGAAGUUGUCAAAGAACAGUUUCAUACCCAUGAGGGUUUCAUGAUGGAGUUAACAGCUCACCAAGGACGUGUUGGCAAUGUUUUGCAAGUUGGAAGUCAACUUUUAGCAUCUGGAAAACUUUCAGAUGAUGAGGAAAAUGAAAUCCAAGAACAAAUGAAUCUACUUAAUUCUCGAUGGGAAAGUCUCAGGGUAGCAAGUAUGGAAAAGCAAAGCAACUUACAUAAAAUCCUAAUGGAUCUGCAGAAUCAACAGCUAGCCCAGUUAGCUGACUGGCUGACAAAAACAGAAGAAAGGACAAGAAAAAUCGAUUUGGACCCCUUAGGUCCAGAUCUAGAGGAUCUAAAGCGUCAAGUAGAAGAGCAUAAGGCGUUUCAAGACGAUUUGGAACAGGAACAAGUCAAGGUAAAUUCACUGACCCACAUGGUGGUGGUAGUGGAUGAAAACAGUGGAGACGGAGCUACUGCUGCACUUGAAGAGCAGCUUCAGCACUUUGGGAAACGGUGGGCAGCCAUCUGCAGGUGGACAGAAGACCGAUGGUUCCUUCUGCAAGAUAUUCUGCGUAAAUGGCAGCACUUUGCAGAAGAACAGUGCCUUUUUGAUGCGUGGCUUACCGAGAAAGAAGAUGCUGUGAGCAAAAUUCAUACAAGUGGCUUUAAAGAUCAAAAUGAGAUGCUGGACAAUCUACGCAAAUUGGCUAUUCUAAAAGGAGAUCUGGAAAUAAAAAGGCAAAUAAUGGGUAAGCUGAAGCUGCUUGUUCAAGACCUCCUUAUAGCUGUGAAAAAUAAAGCAGUGGCUCAAAGGCUGGAAAGUCGUCUUGAAAGCUUUGCCCAGCGCUGGGAUAGUCUCAUGCAGCAGGUGGAGAGAAAUUCUCAACAGAUUUCACAGCCUGUCACUACCACUCAGACAUCAGUAACACAGACAACUGUAAUGGAAACUGUAACUAUGGUAACCACAAGAGAACAAAUCCUGGUUAAGCAUGCUAAAGAGGAACUCCCACCACCUCCACCUCACAAAAAAAGGCAACUCCUUGUGGAUUCAGAAAUUAGGAAGAGGUUUGACUCGGAUACAACAGAGCUCCAUAGCUGGAUGACCCGUUCAGAAGCAGUGCUUCAGAGUCCCGAGUUUGCAACGUAUCGAAAAGAAGGCAAUCUCUCAGAUCUCAGAGAAAGAAUCAAUGCCAUCCAGCGAGAAAAGCCUGAGAAGUACCGAAAACUGCAAGAUGCCAGCAGAUCAGCUGAGGCCCUGGUGGAACAGAUGGUGAAUGAGGGUCUGAAUGCGGACAACAUUAGACAAGCCUCGGAGCAGCUGAAGAGCCGCUGGAUUGAGUUCUGUCAGCUGCUGAGUGAAAGAGUGGCGUGGCUGGAGUACCAAAAUAACAUCAUUGACUUCUACUCCCAGCUUCAGCAACUGGAGCAGACAGCAAUUACUGCAGAAAGCUGGCUAAAAGCACAACCCACAGCAGGAACAGAUCCUUCUGUAGUAAAAACUCAACUGGAAAAAUGCAAGGAUGAAAUCAUCCGAAUGUCCACCCUCCAGCCUCAGAUUGAACGGCUAAAGGCUCAAAGUCAAGCACUUAAAGAGAAAGAACAAGGGCCAGUGUUUCUGGAUGCUGACCUUGCUGCUUUUACCAGCCACUUCAAACAAAUACUUACUGACAUGCGUGCCAGAGAAAAGCAGUUACAGACCACUUUGGACAGUUUGCCUCCUGCACACUACAAAGAGACAAUGAGCUCUGUACUCGUGUGGAUCCAGCAGGCAGAAACUAAACUCUCCACACCUCAGGUUGCAGUUGCUGACUAUGAAAUCAUGGAGAAGAGACUCAGGGAGCUCAAGGCUUUACAAAGUUCUCUGCAAGAGCAGCAAAAAGGAUUGAACUAUCUCAGCACAACUGUAGAAGACAUGUCUAAGAAAGCCCCUGCAGAAGUCAGCCAAAGAUAUAGAUCAGAGAUUGAGGUGAUGCUUGGCCGCUGGAAGAAGUCAUCUGCACAGGUGGUGGAACACUGCCAGAAACUUGAGGAGUUUAUGUCUAAACUCCAGCGAUUCCAGAAUGACAUUAAAACACUGAAGAAGUGGAUGGCUGAAGUGGAUGUUUUUCUGAAGGAAGAGUGGCCUGCCCUUGGUGAUUCAGAAGCACUGGAGAAGCAACUUGAGCAGUGUACAGCUUUAGUAAAUGAUAUCCAGACAAUCCAGCCCAGUUUGAACAGUGUUAAUGACACUGGGAAGAAAAUGAAAAGCGAAGCAGAGCCUGAAUUUGCUUCCAGAAUUGAGAGAGAACUAAAGGACCUCAAUGCUCAAUGGGAACACAUCUGCCAGCAGGCCUAUGCUAAGAAGGCAGCAUUAAAAGGUGGUUUGGAUAAGACUGUGAGUCUCAGAAAGGAUUUAUCAGAGAUGCAUGAAUGGAUAACACAAGCUGAGGAAGAAUAUCUGGAGAGAGAUUUUGAGUAUAAAACACCUGAUGAAUUACAGAAAGCAGUUGAAGAACUCAAGAGAGCAAAAGAAGAAGCCAUGCAGAAAGAAGUAAAAGUGAAGCUUAUCACAGAUUCCGUGAAUAAUUUUAUAGCUAAGGCUCCACCUGCAGCACACGAGGCUUUGAAGAAGGAACUUGAUGUUCUAAUUACCAGCUACCAGCGACUCUGCAGCAGACUGAACGGGAAGUGCAAAACUUUGGAGGAGGUAUGGGCAUGUUGGCGUGAGUUAUUGUCGUAUUUGGAUGCAGAGAAUAAGUGGUUGAAUGAGAUUGAGCUGAAGCUGAAGGCAACUGAAAAUAUCCAGGGAGGUGCAGAAGAGAUUUCUGAGUCUCUAGAUUCUUUGGAACGUUUAAUGAGACAUCCAGAGGAUAAUCGCAAUCAGAUUCGUGAACUGGCUCAGACUUUAACUGAUGGUGGAAUCUUGGAUGAAUUGAUCAAUGAGAAACUUGAGAAGUUCAAUACUCGAUGGGAAGAACUUCAGCAGGAGGCUGUGAGAAGACAAAAGAGUCUUGAACAGAGUAUUCAAUCUGCCCAGGAGACUGACAAAACCCUUCGUUUAAUCCAAGAGUCUCUUGCUGCUAUUGACAAACAGCUAACAGCCUACAUUGCAGACAGAGCUGAUGCAGCACAGCUCCCUCAGGAAGCACAGAAAAUGCAAUCUGAGUUAACAAGCCAUGAGAUUAGUUUGGAAGAAAUGAAGAAACGAAACCGGGGUAAAGAUGCUGCCAAAAGAGUCCUUUCCCAAAUUGAUGUGGCACAGAAAAAGCUGCAGGACGUCUCCAUGAAGUUUCGGCUCUUUCAGAAGCCAGCCAACUUCGAACAGCGCCUACAAGAAUGUAAAAGGAUUUUAGAAGAAGUGAAGUUGCAGGUGCCCAAGCUAGAGACGAAGAGCAUUGAGCAGGAAGCAGUGCAAUCACAGUUGGAUCAUUGCAUGAAAUUAUACAAAAGCCUGAGUGAAGUGAAGUCUGAAGUGGAAACAGUGAUAAAAACUGGGAGGCAAAUUGUUCAGAAGCAGCAGACAGAGAACCCGAAAGAACUGGACGAGAGGCUUACAGCUCUGAAGUUACAAUAUAAUGAAUUGGGUGCAAAGGUGACAGAAAAAAAGCAAGAGUUAGAGAAAUGCUUGAAGUUGUCUCGGAAGCUACGGAAAGAAAUUAAUGCUAUGACAGAAUGGCUUGCAGCGACGGACGCAGAACUGACAAAGAGAUCGGCUGUGCAGGGGAUGCCAAGCAACUUGGAAUCCGAGAUUGCCUGGGGCAAGGCAACGCGGAAGGAGAUUGAGAAGCGCCAAGUCCAACUUAAGAGCAUCAGUGAUUUAGGAGAGAACUUGAAGACAGUGCUGAAAGGAAAGGAGCGUCUAGUGGAGGAUAAACUCAGCCUCCUGAACAGUAACUGGAGAGCAGUGACUUCACGUGCUGAGGAAUGGUUCAAUUUGUUACUGGAAUAUCAAAAGCAAAUGGAAGCUUUUGAUCAGAAUGUGGCAAAUGUCACAACUUGGAUGUAUCGUGCUGAAAUACUGUUGGAUGAAUCUGAUAAACAAAAACCCCAGCAAAAAGAGGAAAUUCUUAAGCGCUUAAAGGCUGAGCUGAAUGAUAUGCACCCAAAGGUGGACUCUGUGCGUGACCAGGCAGUAGACAUGAUGACAAACCGUGGAGAUCACUGCAGGAAAGUAAUAGAGCCUAAACUCUCUGAGCUCAAUCAACGAUUUGCAACUAUAUCACAAAGGAUUAAGAGUGGAAAGCCCUUCAUUCCUUUGAAGGAAUUGGAGCAAUUUGACUUUGAUAUACAAAAAAUGCUUGAGCCACUGGAGGUUGAAAUUCAACAGGGGGUGAAUCUGAAAGAGGAGGACUUCAAUAAAGAUAUGAGUCAAGAUGAUGAAAGCACAGUGAAAGAACUGCUGCAAAGGGGUGACACACUUCAAAAGAGAAUCACAGAUGAGAGAAAAAGGGAGGAAAUAAAGAAAAAACAACAGCUGCUGAAGACUAAGCAUAAUGCUCUCAAGGACUUGAGAUCUCAAAGAAGAAAAAAGGCUUUAGAGAUUUCUCAUCAAUGGUAUCAGUACAAGAGGCAGGCUGAUGACCUAAUGACGUGGCUGGAUGACAUUGAGAAAAAGCUAGCCAGUCUACCAGACCACAAAGAUGAGCAGAAGCUAAAGGAGAUUGAUGGAGAAUUGGAGAAGAAGAAGGAAGAUCUGAAUGCGGUGCACAGGCAGGCUGAACGCUUGUCUAAGGAUGGGGCUGCAAAAGCAGUGGAGCCAACCCUGAUACAGCUCAGCAAGCGCUGGCAAGAUUUUGAGAGCAAAUUUGCUCAGUUUCGAAGACUCAACUAUGCACAAAUUCAAACAGUUCAUGAAGAUACAACUUUUGUGGUGACUGAAACUAUGACUGUGGAAACAACUCACGUGCCUUCUACAUACCUGGCAGAGAUCCUUCACCUUCUGCAAGCCUUGUCUGAAGUAGAAGAACGCCUUAAUUCUCCUGUUCUGCAGGCUAAGGAUUGUGAGGAUCUCCUCAAACAAGAAGAGUGUCUCAAGGGCAUUAAAGACAGCCUGGGGAGACUGAUGGGUCCUAUAGACAUUAUUCACAAGAAGAAGGUACCAGCUUUGCAAAGUGCUACACCAAGGGAAGCAGCAAAUAUACAAGAAAAGCUGACUCAACUUAAUUUGCAAUGGGAGAAAGUUAACAAGACGUACAGGGACCGGCAGGCUCGGUUUGACAAGUCUUUGGAGAAGUGGCGUCUGUUUCAUUGUGACAUGAAGAACUUUAAUCACUGGCUAAGUGAAACUGAAGGGAAGCUUUCGAGAGCGCAGGUGGAGGCUGGAGAUACGGGUCAUGCAAAAACGAGCCAGUUUCUCCAGGAGCUUCAGGAUGGCAUUGGGCAGCAGCAAACUGUUGUCAAAACAUUGAAUGUAACUGGGGAAGAGAUUAUUGAGCAGUCGUCAACAGCAGAUGCUAAAGUCCUGAAGGAACAACUGGAAAGUCUGAAUACUCGGUGGCAAGAGAUCUGCAGGCAGCUGGUAGAGAAAAAGAAGAGGAUAGAGGAAGAAAAGAAUAUUUUAGCAGACUUUCAAGAGGACUUGAACAAGUUGAUUUUAUGGUUAAAGGAAGCAGACAGCACUAUUGGUAUUCCCCUUGAACCAGGGAAUGAAGACCAGUUAAGAGACUGCCUUAGCAAAGUGAAGUUAAGAGCUGAAGAGCUGCCGCCACACAAGGGAAUACUGAAACGAUUAAAUGAAACUGGAGGAAUAGCACUUGGAAGUGCAUCGCUGAACCCAGACAAAAAGCAUAAGCUUGAGAGUACACUGAAGGAGGCUAACCAUCGCUUGUUAAAGGUGUCCAAAGAUCUUCCAGAGAAACAAAAAGAAAUAGAGAUUCUGCUAAAGGAUUUCAUCGAUCUUGAUCAACAACUAAAUCAGGUGAUAUUGUGGGUAACGCCUGUCAAGAACCAGCUGGAGCUUUACAACAAAGUGGGUCAGCCAGGAGCUUUUGAUAUUAAGGAAACUGAAGCAGCAGUGAAGGCUAAACAGCCGAAUGUGGAAGAAGUUUUGUCUAAAGGGUGUCAUUUAUAUAAGGAAAAACCAGCCACUCAUCCAGUAAAGAAAAAAUUAGAAGACUUGAAUGCAGACUGGAAGGCAAUAAACCACUUAGUUCAACAACUAAAGGAAAAGCCAGCAUUAGCAACAUUUGGCCUUUUCUCUCCGGGUGUCUUAACUUCUGGUGAAACUGUUGCUGUGGAUACACAAACCAGGGUAACCAAGGAAACCACCACCUUCAAACCACCAGAAAUGCCAUCUUCUGUGCUUUUGGAGGUUCCAGCCUUGGCUGACUUCAAUAAGGCAUGGGCAGAACUCACUGACUGGCUUUCUCGACUGGAUCGAGAGAUAAAGUCUCAAAGAGUGAUAGUAGGUGAUCUUGAUGAUAUCAACGACAUGAUCAUCAAACAAAAGGCAAUACUACAGGAUCUGGAGCAAAGACGUCCUCAGCUGGAUGAACUAAUAACUGCAGCACAAAAUCUGAAGAACAAGACGAGCAACCAAGAGGCCAGAACAAUCGUUACUGACCGCAUUGAAAAGAUACAGAGCCAGUGGGACGAAGUGCAUGGACACCUCCAAAGCCGGAGACAGCAGCUUCAUGAGAUGCUAAAGGAUUCAACACAGUGGCUGGAAGCUAAACAAGAAGCUGAGCAGGUUCUUGAACAAGCAAAAACUAAACUUGACUCAUGGAAAGAAAUUUCUUACACCGUGGAAGCUCUGAAAAAGCAGAACACUGAGCUUAAGCAAUUUUCAAAGGAAAUACGACAAUGGCAAAUAAAUGUAGACGUGGCAAAUGACAUGGCACUUAAGCUGCUCCGCGAUUAUUCAGCAGAUGACACCAGAAAAGUAGAACUGAUGACAGAUAACAUUAAUGCAACUUGGGCUGCCGUUACUAAGAGGGUUUGCGAGCGUGAAGCUGCACUGGAAUCUGCCUUAAGAAUGUUACAGCAAUUCUACCUGGAUCUUGAGAAGUUCCUUGCUUGGCUUACAGAAGCUGAAACAACUGCAAAUGUUCUGCAGGAUGCUACACAUAAAGAAAAGAUAGAGGAUGCCAAAACCAUCCGGGAACUCAUGAAACAGUGGCAGGAACUACAGGCAGAAAUAGAUGCUCAUACUGACAUCUUUCACAACCUGGAUGAAAACGGGCAGAAAAUCCUGAGGUCCCUGGAAGGCUCUGAGGAUGCAGCCCUGUUGCAGAGACGUCUGGAUAACAUGAACCUAAGAUGGAGUGAUCUUAGGAAGAAAUCCCUCAACAUUAGGUCACAUUUGGAGGCCAGCACAGACCAGUGGAAGCGUUUACAUCUCUCUCUUCAGGAGCUUUUGGCAUGGCUGCAGCUGAAGGAGGAUGAGUUAAAACAACAAGCACCCAUCGGUGGAGACCUUCCCACUGUACAGAAACAGAAUGAUAUUCAUAGGACUUUCAAGAGGGAGCUCAAAACAAAAGAACCUGUUAUCAGGAGUGCGCUUGAGACUGUACGAAUCUUCUUAGCAGAGCAGCCCGCAGAGGGACUGGAGAAGCUCUACCCAGAGCCAAGAGAGCUGCCACCUGAGGAAAGGGCCCACCAUGUCACUAAACUUCUCCAAAGGCAAGCAGAUGAGGUCAGAACUGAGUGGGAUAAACUGAAUCUACAGUCUGCUGAUUGGCAGAAGAAGAUAGAUGAUGCCCUUGAAAGACUUCAAGGCCUUCAAGAGGCAAUGGAUGAACUGGACCUGAAGCUGCGCCAAGCUGAAGCAUUCAAGGGAUCCUGGCAGCCAGUGGGAGAUCUACUAAUUGACUCUCUGCAGGAUCACUUAGAGAAAGUCAAGGUUUACCGAGCAGAAAUUGUACCCUUGAAAGAAAAAGUACAUCAACUCAAUGACCUUGCUCACCAGUUCCCUGCCUCUGAUAUUCAACUCUCCCAGUACAGUCUGAGCUGCAUAGAAGACCUGAACACAAGGUGGAAGGUGCUACAGGUGGCCAUUGAUGAGCGCAUCAGGCAACUGCAUGAAGCGCACAGGGAUUUUGGCCCUACCUCUCAGCAUUUUCUUACCACUUCUGUCCAAGGCCCCUGGGAGAGGGCAAUCUCACCAAACAAAGUGCCGUAUUAUAUCAACCAUGAGACGCAAACGACCUGCUGGGAUCAUCCCAAGAUGACUGAGCUUUACCAGUCUUUAGCUGACCUGAACAAUGUCAGGUUCUCGGCAUACAGGACUGCCAUGAAACUCCGCAGGCUGCAGAAAGCUCUCUGCUUGGAUCUUCUGAGUCUGUCUGCUGCAUGUGAUGCCUUGGACCAGCACAACCUCAAACAAAAUGACCAGCCGAUGGAUAUCCUGCAGAUCAUUAAUUGCUUGACUACCAUUUAUGAUCGACUGGAGCAAGAGCACAAUAACCUAGUCAAUGUUCCUCUCUGCGUGGAUAUGUGCCUCAACUGGCUGCUGAAUGUCUAUGACACGGGUCGAACAGGAAGGAUCCGGGUCUUAUCUUUCAAAACUGGUGUUGUGUCCCUUUGUAAAGCACACCUGGAAGAUAAGUAUAGAUAUCUGUUCAAGCAAGUGGCAAGCUCCACUGGCUUCUGUGACCAGCGCCGGCUGGGGCUGCUGCUGCACGAUUCCAUCCAGAUCCCUCGGCAGCUGGGGGAAGUGGCCUCCUUUGGGGGCAGCAAUAUCGAGCCCAGUGUCAGGAGCUGCUUCCAGUUCGCAAACAACAAACCAGAGAUUGAAGCAGCCCUCUUCCUGGACUGGAUGAGGCUGGAACCACAGUCCAUGGUGUGGCUGCCUGUCUUGCACAGGGUGGCUGCUGCUGAGACUGCCAAACACCAAGCAAAGUGUAACAUCUGCAAAGAGUGCCCGAUUAUUGGCUUCAGGUACAGAAGUUUAAAGCACUUUAACUAUGACAUCUGCCAAAGUUGCUUCUUCUCUGGCCGUGUUGCAAAAGGUCAUAAAAUGCACUAUCCCAUGGUGGAAUACUGCACACCAACAACUUCAGGAGAAGAUGUCCGUGACUUUGCCAAGGUACUCAAAAACAAAUUUCGAACAAAAAGAUACUUUGCAAAGCACCCACGAAUGGGCUAUCUGCCUGUGCAAACUGUCUUGGAAGGAGACAACAUGGAAACUCCUGUUACUCUGAUCAACUUCUGGCCAGUAGAUUCUGCGCCUGCCUCGUCCCCUCAGCUUUCACAUGAUGAUACUCAUUCACGCAUUGAACAUUAUGCUAGCAGGCUAGCAGAAAUGGAGAACACCAAUGGUUCUUAUCUAAAUGACAGUAUUUCACCUAAUGAGAGCAUCGAUGAUGAACACCUAUUAAUCCAGCACUACUGCCAAAGUCUGAACCAGGAGUCCCCCCUGAGCCAGCCCCGAAGUCCUGCCCAGAUCCUGAUUUCUCUGGAGAGUGAAGAAAGAGGGGAACUGGAGAGAAUCCUCGCAGACCUGGAGGAGGAAAACAGAAACCUGCAAGCAGAGUAUGACCGUUUAAAGCAGCAGCAUGACCACAAAGGACUGUCUCCACUGCCGUCCCCACCAGAGAUGCUGCCGGUUUCUCCCCAGAGCCCCCGGGAUGCUGAGCUCAUUGCAGAAGCCAAGCUGCUUCGCCAGCACAAGGGCCGCCUGGAGGCCAGGAUGCAGAUUCUGGAAGAUCACAACAAACAGCUGGAGUCACAGCUGCACAGGCUGAGGCAGCUGCUGGAGCAGCCACAAGCAGAUGCCAAGGUGAAUGGUACAACACUAUCAUCUCCUUCUACCUCUUUGCAGAGGUCAGACAGCAGUCAGCCAAUGCUUCUUCGUGUGGUUGGCAGCCAGACUUCAGAAACCAUGGGUGAGGACGAGCUGCUCAGCCCACCCCAGGACACAAGCACAGGUCUGGAGGAAGUGAUGGAGCAGCUGAACAACUCCUUCCCCAGCUCCAGAGGCCACGAUGUAGGGAGCCUUUUCCACAUGGCAGGCGACUUGGGAAGAGCGAUGGAAACCUUAGUGACGGUCAUGACCGACGACAAGGCGUUAGAAUAAGCAAGAUGUGUUUUACAACUUCAGGCCUCCCGCAUGGGUUUUAUAAUAUUCAUACUACAAAGAGGAUUAGACUGUAAGAGUUUACAAGAGAACAAAUCUAUAUUUUUGUGAAAGGUAGUGGUACUAUACUGUAGAUUUCAGUAGUUUCCUAAGUCUGUUACCGUUUUGUUAACAAUGGCAGGUUUCACACGUCUAUGCAAUUGUACAAAGAAAACAAAAACAUGGUCAAGAGAACUACAUGUAAAAAAAAAUUAUAUAUAUAUAUAUAUAUAUAAAAAAAUUAAUCCUGAUAGCUCAAUAACUUGCCAUUUCUUUAUAUGGAACGCAUUUCGGGUUGUUUAAAACAAAGAAACAAAGAAACAAAGAAAAAUCAAUUUCUAACAGUUAUAACUGAAAGAUUGUAAACUAAAGUGUGCUUUAUAAAAAGAAUUGUUUAUAGAAACCCCCUGAAAAAAAAAAAACUUAAAAAAACAAACAAAAAAAAAUUAUCAAUCCUGAGGCAGUGCAUUUUGUUUGGUAUCAUUUCAGCUCUGUAACUGCAUCAGAGAUAUAUUCAUGUUCUGUGUUCUUUUCCUUGCCUAGCAAAAAGAAAAACCGAACAAAAAAAGUCUUUUCUGCAGUGACAUCAAAGCUACCAACUUGCAUUUCUUAUUGGUUUUGUCUGACUAGGGCUGGCUUGAAAAAGGAGGAAAAAAAGAGAGAGAAUAAAAUAAGGUCCUGAACUUGUAGCAAAGGCAGUAAAAUUAAGAGUUACACAAAACCUCACAGCUAGUUUGCAAUAAUUGUAUGGAAGAGCACAUUACAUGACAGAGCCUGCAAAAAAAUAGAUAUUAAUCAGAUUCAAAAAGAACCUAAAAAAAGAAAAACCCAGAAGAAAGAAGGAAAGGAAAGAAUUUAAUGACCAUCCUAUGUGACAGAACUUCCCUCUGCUAACUGAAUUUCUGAAUGCUACUAGUCAAGGAACAUAGAAAUUGCCUUACUGGAUUAAACCUGUGGGCCUCAGUGUCCAAUACGCUGCUGGCUAUGGCCAGCAGCCAGUGCUUCAGCAGGAGCUGGGUACAGCUCUCCACCCAGCCACUGCUCAAAUCAUCCUUGCUGCAGAGGAGAGGAAAAAAAAAAGAAGAGGUUCCCUCCUGUCCCCCUGUAGGGAUCAGCUUCUGACCCGAAGCACAAAGAGGUUGCUCACAGAGCAUCUUCGCUUGUCCAGCUUCCAGUGCUGUUAACAAGCAUGAAGCUGCUCGACCUCUGAAAACUAAACCCAGAGCUUUCUGUGUCUCAGCCUGCUACAGCAGCCAGUCCCAAGGAGCUGUGACGCUGCCAGCAACCUUUGGGAAAGGCUGCAGAAGGGUUACUGCUGUUUCUGCGCGCGUAUGGUGAUCAGGUGAAGGUAGCCACACUGCUCCACGAGGUAUUUAUCUCCAAAACAAAGGCCCUGCUCCUUUUCCCUUCCCUGUUUCUCUCGCUGAGUAAUCCCACACAAUUAACAGCAACGUGAGAAAGAGAGGAACCGAUAGCAAAGGAGAUUAGCCAGCUCAACUGCAGCUCCUGCCAGGUAGGUUUGGGUAACGAGGUGCUGUCAGCAAAAGCUUUACCACUUGAUUUUCUUAACCAGCUUUUAAUUUUACCUUAGAAUAGGUAGAACCACACCAUCUGACUUUAUAUUGCAAGAGUGAAAAAUAAAAACAAACAAACAAAUCUGUUACCUCUUCUUGUAUGAAGUGUAAUUAAAUCUGGGAGAGAUUUUAUUUUGAAUGCUAGUUUUAACAUUGAACAUGGCUAGUCAUGCUAUUUCUACCUCACUUUGGUUUUUGUGGUGUUCUUGACAAACAAACGACAAUGUUCCAUCAUCAAUCACCACCUGUCCAUUGUGUGACCCAGGUCUCAUUGUUUCAGAGAGCACCAAUGAUGAUAAUCAUGGACAACAAAAAAAAAACCACAGAAGUACAAUCCUCUGCUUUCCUGCUAAAGACAUUUUUGUUUAACACUUUAUUACCAUAGGAACCCUAUUUCUCUGGUUUGGGUUGGUUAAUCAGAAUGUUUAAAUGGAGAUCUGGGAUGAGUUUCCUCUUUUGUUUUUGUUUUUUUUUUUCCCCUUUAUUCUUUAAACUUGCUAAAAAAGGAGAAGAAAAAAAAAGGAGGGGAGAAAAAUGGAUUGCACGGUUGUAUUGAUCAGGGUUUUUGUUUUGUUUUACUUUCUAGAUCUUAGUUUUGGAGUGAGUCUAUAAAAAAAAUUAAUAUUUAAGAAGUUGAAAGCUUUAUUGCUGCUUUUUUUUUUUUUAAGCUUAAUUUGGGGAAUUAUUUCCUAUUCCUUAAUAACAACGAAGUAUUAAACUGCAAAACAUAACCAGUGUAGUUGAAUGACAUAAAUACCAUACAGCAUGUUAAUUCAUUGUUACUCAGUACUGGUUUAUAUCUUGGAUACCAUAAUAUAUUGUGUUUUAACACCCAACACUGUAACAUUUACUAAUUAUUUUUAUAAACUUAUGUUUUACUGCAUUUUUUUUUUCUCCACAACAUACCAAAUUUCACCAAAUAUAUGCCUUACUAUUGUAUUAUAUACUGCUUUACUGUGUAUAUCAAUAAAGCACGCAAUUAUGUUAUAAAAA